GUCAGCGACUGAACCACCGGCCCGCCACCGUCCACCCAUGCCUCCCCGCCUCUUCCUUUUCAGCCGCCUCCUCUCCACCUCCGCGUCGUCUCCCGCCCCGGCGCCCGUGCCAAGGCCGACCGAUCCCGCUCUGCUUCUCCGCCUCUGCACGAUCCUCUACCAGCACCAGCACGAUCCCGACGACAAGCUGCACCGCCGCCUCUCCGCGCUGUCGCUUCCCACCGCACCCUCCGACCUCCGCGAGCUCUUCCUCCAGGCCUCCGCGCGGUUCCCGCUCUCCUGGCGCCCCGUGCACCGCCUCCUCGCGCACCUCUCCUCCCGCCACAGCGGAGCCGGCGACGGCGGGUUCCCACACUCCCCCGCCACCGCCGCGCGCUUCCUCGACGUCCUCGCCAAGUCCGGGAACAUCGACCUCCUCCACUCCACGCUCUUCUCCCUGCCCCGCACCCUCCUCUCCACGGCGGCACUCCGCGCCGCCGUCCGCGGCCUCGCCCCGAGCCGCGAGGUCGGGAAGAUCGCCGCGCUCGUGACGCUCUUCCCCGAAUGCCACCGCGCUCGGAUCCUCACGUUCGUCACCGACGUCGCGUGCUCGGAGCCGUGCAGGCUGCCGGACGUGGCGGAGAAGGUGAUCAAGCGCGCCGAGCACUACCACGGCGUCUCGCGCACUGCGAGGUGCGACGAACUGCUGGUCGUCGCGUACUGCCGCGCGGGGUCGCUCGCGGACGCCUGCAGGGUGUGGAACGGCAUGGAGAGGCGCGGCCUCGAGCCGGGCGCCGCGGCGUACCAGGAGAUUGUGGUCACCAUGUUCAAAAACAACCGCGCCGCGGACGCCAUGAAGGUGUUCGACGGAAUGCGGAGGAGUGGAGUGCAGGACGACGGAGGUGCGUGCUGCCGCGCGGUAGUGUCUUGGCUGUGCAAGGAUGGGAAGGUGUGGGGCGCGUACAUGGUGUUCGCUGAAAUGGUGAAGAUAGGUGUGGAGGUGGACGGGGAUGUGUUGGGUGAUUUGGUGUAUGGGCUGAUUGCGAGGAGAAGGGUUAGGGAAGGAUACAAGGUGUUUCGUGGUGUUAGGGCGAAGGACAUUGCACUGUAUCAUGGGUUAAUGAAGGGGCUGCUGAGGAUAAAGCGGGCAGGGGAGGCUACCGAGGUGUUCAGGGAGAUGAUCAGCAGGGGAUGUGAACCGAACAUGCACACUUACAUCAUGUUACUUCAGGGACAUUUGGGGAAGAGAGGCCGGAAGGGUAGAGACCCAUUGGUGAACUUCGAGAGCAUAUUUGUUGGUGGCUUGGUGAAAGCUGGAAGGACAUUGGAGGCGACUAAGUUUGUUGAGAGGGCAAUGUGGGGUGGGGUUAAUGUGCCAAGGUUCGAUUAUAACAAGUUCCUAUACUAUUUUUCGAAUGAGGAGGGGGCACUAAUGUUUGAAGAGGUUGGAAAGAGGCUGAGGGAGGUUGGACUAAUUGAUCUUGCAGACAUUUUGUCAACCUAUGGUGAGCGCAUGACCACCAGGGAUAGGAGGAGGAGAGCAAUGAAUGGACUUCUAGAAUCAGUUCAGUCAGUUCAAGAUGUUUGCUGCUAAUCGUCAACUCAAGAGGAAAAUGAUCUGAAUGAUCUGCAGAAAAGUACAUAUUCUAAAUGAUCUGCUCAUGUAGUCUGAACUCUGAGAGGAAAAUGCCAGUAAUUCAUGCAUGUUCAUCUUUCUGUGAUUCUAGGAGUUGAAUGGAUUACCAUUGGGUUUGUCUCAGUAGGUUCUUUAGAUUGACCACACAUGAUAUGCUAUUUUGGAGAUUUGCAAGUUCCAACUGAGCCAUAUGCAUUUCUGUGGAUUCUUCCAAUCAAUAUUAUUGAUGUUUGGUAGGGUCACCCACCUGACAUUCCUUUUCUUUUCA